GCAGCGCGCACGGAGCGGGAGAGUUUUGUUGAGCUGCACGUUUAGAGCGGAGUCACGUGCGUAAAGGACCGGGGACGCACGCGCCCGGACUCCCCACAGGGACCGUCCAUGGAGUUACCGUGUCCGUGCCAUGACUGCGCAGUGGAUAUAAAAAAACAACCUCGUCUGUUUUCAUGUCCAUGGUGAGCGGUCACUCCAUGGAGAUCCUCCUGGAGUCAACAUUUGGGAGAAGAAUGCCAUCCUUCAAUGAAACUGUAGCUCCUAACGGCCAGUCCCAGGUCCCCCCGAGCGGCUCCAGAUUCAUGGGCAAACCGUUCACUGGAGCAUAUUUCUCUUUCAUACCUCCAGGAAAAGACCUCGGAUCAUACCCUGUCCCCUGGACCAGCGCAGAGAGCCUAGAUAGAGAAAGUCCUGUGACCCACAGCUCUGCCACAGACCAGCAGCACAUCUACAGGAGAGAUGGCAGCUCAAACGAGAGCCAUCUUGAAUAUACAGGCUCUGGGAUAAAACCGGGCUUUACGCUGUACUCAGACAGUCCAGGGGUGAGCGGCUCUGAGAAUGCAGCCUCAGUUAUUGUAAGGAAGAGCCCUGUUGGAGCUGACACCGUCUCCUCUGACAGACCUGUUUAUCUCGCUGUUCCUCAGGCCGUUUACACACAGAGCUCCUGCUGCAGUGACCUGUGCUGUGUGCUGGGACAUGGCUCCAAACACAGAGCUUAUGAGUCCUGCUGGAAGCACAGGGAACCUUCAGAUCCUCCACACAGACCCUCUGAGGCUGUGUCUCUGCCGGCUGCGCUCCGUCAAACCUACAGCUCCACAAACAUGAAGGAAGUGAACCACAGUUUACAGUGUUCUCCUAGAGCCUACCCCCGCCUGUACCCCUCCCAAGCUGCAUACGAGCCCGCCGUGUUUCACAGCACUUCUCCUAUCUCCAAAUAUGGACACGCAGCACAGCACCCAGUUUUUUACUGUUCCCCUGUGAGUGUGGAGGUAGAGCAGAGGACGGAGACUCAGAACACUGGCUCCAUGAAUGCAGAUGAGGUCCCAGUCAUCCUGAAACAUUCCAUACAAACAGCAGGGAACCAUUACAUAGUACCCACACCGCUGCAUGGGGACAUGUCUCUGCAUAGAAGGGAGCUCAUGCCAAAUCCCACAUUUUUACAUGGAUCUGAAUACCCGGGUUAUUUCAUCCCAAGGUUAAGCUUAAAUACGAGGUCAAUCCACGGCCAUAGACAUCCACGCACAGCACCCCAUGACUUCACAAACCCUAGCCCUAAGCAUGUGCAUCGACCUGUGGCCACUUUAGCUUCUGGUUAUAGGGACAAAUGUGCCCAACAUACUGAGCCACCCUCUUCAUCUGUGUGUGUGGAGCAGACCAGCCCCACGACAUGUAUCAGAACAUGUACGGCAGCUACGAGUGCACAGGCACAAAACAAAUACGGCCCCCCAAAAAAUACUGUUUACAUGAGCCCGCUUGGAGAAAGAAUACACAGAGCUCCCCCUCCUCCUCUUCCUCCCACACAGCCGCCAGCUCACUCAGAUCUGGGUGUGCAUCCCUCGAGAUAUCAUGCCUAUCAUGUCCGGCCUCAGCCUAAUCAGCUCACAAUCCCCCCCCUGCCGCACGCCAUUUUAUCAAAAAAAACAAACGCUCAGAAAAUCCUCUACUGCCCUCCACUUCAAAAUCCUUCCACACCACAACUUGCACACACACACGAACACACAGGCCCAGUGAAACGAGCCCUGCCCGUAUCGUCUAUCAGCAUCACUGAAGACGAUGAUGACGACGAUGUUUUUGUGGUUGAGCCAGAUCUUAAGAGACAAAAACCUGAUCUGGGAAACUCCAAAGAUAAAAGUGCUGAUAUCUCGUCUCCGAUGCCAGUUAUUAAUAAUGUCUUCAGCCUGGCUCCUUACCAAACCUACUUGCAGAUGUCCAGGCUGCUUUUGGGCUCACUGCGACAGGGACCUGCUCACCCCAGUUCAAACCAAAGCAGAGCUCAGCGGUCAAAUGAAGAUGUGAAACCACAGUUUUUACUGUCAAAAGCCGUGAACAUGAGCCGCACAAAAACUUUACAUAGAUACAAAGAACACACUGGUCUUUGUGAAGAUAAGAAGUCAGAUACUAGAGUCACUAAGAAAGAAGAAAACCCAGUUCAACAGAUGGGCUUUUCAAAUAACGUUAAACUAACAAAGCAUCCAUCAGAGGUAAAGAUCAAACAGGAGUGUUCCUAUGAACUGAUACACAUGAGUCCUGCGGCUCCUGAGCCAGCUCCCUUACAUCAUACUAAAGUUAAACAGAAUCAACCAGAUACUGAAACUAAACAAAUAAGUAAACAUGAAAAGGAUGAGCCAAUAGACCCAAACAGCUGCUCAGAAAUCUCAGAGUGUCACAAGCAACUUAACAUCAUUAAGAAGGAACCAGAGGACAUGGAUCUGCCUGAGAGGGCGGACAUGAAGGAACCAGAGGACAUGGCUCUGCCUGAGAGGGCGGACAUGAAGGAACCAGAGGACAUGGAUCUGCCUGAGAGGGCGGACAUGUUGGAAAUAAAAAAAUGUGAACUGGAUUUUGGUCAGAGAGAGGAUGAGAACAAGCGCUCAGGAGGUGAGUUUGGACAGAAGUUGUUUGGGAAAGAACGUACUCCUACAUGCAGCUCUCCUCCUCUCUCGGCUCCCCCGAUCCCAGUUCCUUCUCCUUCUUUUCCCGAGAGAGUUGGCUUUCUCAACAUUCCUCCCCAUCACCUUAAGCUCUCCACCUAUAACAUCAUAGCCCCAGAUAUCCAUUUCCCCCGCGUUGUCCAGAAACCAGUCAGCUCUCCAGAACCACAAAACACCCAGCCACCUCUGGCCAGUGCUCCACUCCAGAUGCCUGCUCGCAAACAUUUCUUUGAACUGCACCAGUCCCUUGUCAAGCUGAUCUCCAAGUCUGUGGCUGCUGCUUCAGAAGAUACGCUACGGUCCUGGCUUAGUCAAAUGGAGUUGAGCCAUGUUCCCGCCAGUAAAAACCAGAAAGUGAGAUGUCUGUUUGGGGCAAAAGGCAGAAACGCCUGUUUGAAUGAGGAGAUGAAGUCCUCUCUACAGGACAUCUACCAAAGACUGAACGAAUACAGUCAGGACCAUUGCCCUUUCCCCUUUGUGAUGCGCACUGGCGCUAUCUUUUUGCCGAUGCUGGUAGUGAAGGAGGUGUUGUUUCCCUCAGUACACGGAGGUUUGAUUGACCAGGUACUGCAGGAGCAUAAGGUGGAGCUGCGACCCACCACGCUGUCCGAGGAGAAGGCCCUUAUCCAGAUGAACAAACGUGCCUGCUCCUCCCGCCUCCGUAAACUCAUGUCCUACAAACACCUGCCGCUGGUCUACGCUGACGUGGUCAACCUGCUGUACUAUACCUGUGUCUGCAAGCAGCUCGAGUCAGCGUCUUGUGAAGUCCAAAGCCGAGUGCAGGACUAGAAAUGGAGGAUCGUCUUGAUGCUGAGGCUGACGAAUGUUGCGCAGGACCAAGCAGCAGCCAGAGUUCACCUGUCUCACUACCGCCACCUCCAGAUGAUUCAGAGGAACUUGAAACCAAAUCCCUUUUAAAGAGGAGGAGCUGCAUUAAAACCAGUUCAAGACGAUUGUUUGAUUGUUCGUCGGACGAGGAGGACCAGAAUGACUCUAAACCAGGUUCUAAUCCAACCCAACAAGCUGACGUGUGUGAUGGAGUUGACCAAUCUUGGAUGUGCCCUUUGACUUCCGAGGAGCUGUCCGUCGAUGGGGGAGGGUCCACUUUGCGAAAAUCCAAAAAUGGUUCAGGGGUCAUCCUCAAACUGAGACGCCUGUUUGACAGAAAAAGAACGAGCUAUCGACCUGUUUUAGACUCAGACAAAAAGCACUUGGAGCCACGGCCAUCAGACCCUGAUGCCGCACAGGAAGUAAGCACCGAACCUGUUAGGAGAGCUCCCGAGGUUGCCAGAUGGAGGAGAAACACUUUCUCUAAUUCUUUACGCCCUCUUAACAUCUACUCCAAAAGAAAACUGCGCUCGCUAUUAACAAUCAAAUACUGCCCUUACCUGUCAGCGUGCCACAGCACCGACUACAGGAGGCGCAGGGUGCUGCGCUCAGCUGUGCAUAGAGCCAGGCAGGUGAUGAAGACAUACUACCCCGAUCUGGUAGGGAAGAGGAUUCAGCAUCUGUAUGAAGAGGACGACAAAUCAGAGGUAUGGUACAGAGGGGAGGUGCUCCAGAUUCACAAAGCCCACCCCAACCCCCUGAAAACGGUGUUUGAGGUGCAGUACGAGACGGAACCAGAGUGGAAGUACUACCUGGAGCUGCUCAUAGACUACAAGAAGGGCUGGCUCAAGAUCGACGAUUAGGUCAUGAAGUGUCUUGAGACUGAAGUUAAGUAAAUGAAAUGAGCCCAGGUCAGUUGCCAAUUUGAACAUCCAGAUCUGCAACAUCCAAAUUACACCGUUUCCUCAUCACAAACAGACCUGGAGUUGUGUUUUGUUUCAUUCACACAUGUUUAAUACACAAACCCUGCAUAUUUAGGCUGAGUUCUUCUCUCAAACAGAAAACAAUCUGUUGUGAUGUCAGGCGUGGUAAUACAGGAAGUGCUCCACUGUGUUUUUAAACUCCAUACACUUUCACUAGUAUCAUUUGGAUGAUUUCAGCCCUGGAAUUGCCAAUCUCUACUGAACUAAAGGUAAAAGGAGCUGUUAACUUGAAAACUACCACUUCAUGACAUCACAAGGUGGAACAGAGCAGUUUGAGCUUUGGAGAUGUAGACAGACUAAUAAUAACGGGUUACUUAACAUGUCAAUGAAACACAACUCCAGGUAUGUUUUUGAGGAGGUAACAGCAUUAGAACUUAGAGCUUACAGGAAUCAGUUUUGUGUAAUAUUGGAACUUUAAAGUUACACUAAGUAUCUUUUCUGGUGCAGGGUCUUCCAUCCACUUGUCUGUUUCUCCAUUGGUAUGUUUUAUGGGCGUUUUAUUUUUCAAAAAUACCUUUUAAACAUGCAUUCUUACUAUGAGAAGGCUUGCCUCAACACAGAUCUGCUCUGAGCUGUGGUUUGGUGGCAUCAUCUGCUUGUUUCCAUGGAGACAGACAACUUCAGUGCCAUACUGUGGAACAUUCAAAGUAACAAGAUCUCCAGUGAGACAAGCCUCCAGCAAAGUUGAAUAGCAUCUUUAAGUAGUUUUUCAGUGAAUCCCAAGUCAAAAUGAAACAUUUGUCUCAAAAAAAUCCAUUAGACUUCACCAUUAUUACUAUUGUUCUAUAUUAUUUCAUGUUUGAGGUUGUGGCCAUGGCAACAAUAACUUUGCAGUACAUUGUCCAGCUCUAAUCUGAAUCCAAAAACAACACGGACCUUCAAAGACGUUUUAAAGCUGUAUGUAUGAGUUUUUGUGAUUUGAUGAGAUUUUUAUCCAGAGGAGUUUGUGACUGUUUAUAGAGAACUGUGGUUCCAAAUUGAAAUGGGAAUGACACCAGAUUCCUGUUUUAUGUUGUCUUUUUAAACCAAAACACAGAGCCUUAACAACCAAGUGUAAUUUUGAAGCAUCUGCACCAUUUACUCGUUUAAUGUGAUCCACUCUGAUUCUUGACCCCAGACUCUGUGUCUGUUCAUUUGUUUUGUCCCUUUUUCUAAAGUGUGGGUUGUUUUACUGAAGGUGAUUUUUAUUUUCUUGUCUAAAGCUGCUGAGCCUCAGGAUUUGACUGUGAACUUGUACAACCUCAGCUGGAAAAGGCUAUUUAAGGUUUUAUACUGUUUUUAAACCUAUGGAGACUGAAUGAGACUUUGAAUAAAUGUUUUUCACAUAA